GGAAGGACCCGGAGCCGGCAGCAUGGUCCUGAGCCUGCUCCUGGUGCUCAGCAUGGGCGCCCGCCCCGGCACAGGUCUCCCACCGCGCCACAUGGACUCCGUGCUUGAGCUCAUGGAAGCCCUCAACGCCGACAGCCCCAACCGGACCCUCCCCGAGCUGGCACGGGCGCUGGGUGCCUGCAGCACCCCUGGGUGCCGCGCGGUGCUGGGGGAGCCCCCCCCAGUCCCGCCAGGGCUCAGCCAACACCAAUGGGUGCUCCUCAGGCAGCUCCUCCACCGCGAUGCUGUGGUGCUGGCACCCGACGGCUCCACCGUGGCCCUCGGGCCCCUCCUCGCCGGCAUUGAGGUGGGCCAAAAGAGGGGGUCGGGGUGGCCCUUCCCCACCUUUGAGCCCACCAUUGACCCUCUUUACGCUGUGACCAUCACCGAGGCCUUGGGGACAUCGUUCCUCUUGGCUCGCGGUGGUGAUGGAGCCACGCUGGGACCCGGUGGCUGUUGGGACAAUGUGGAUGACCCCCAAAACUACACCCUCCUGGGACCCCCGUCACCCAUCCCUGACGCCGUCGCCAACGGGGCGAUGGAUGGGGUGCUCUUGGGUGCGCGAGUGGCCCAAGCACCCAUCCCGCUCGCUGAUCUGCUCCGGGGUUACUAUGGGAUGGGCAACACCACGGAGCAAGGGAGAGCCCGCAGCAGCUACCGGCGGCGAGACUUUGGGGUGCUGAUGGGGCCGGAGAAGCUGGAGCAGGAGGUGGAGGCGAUGCUGAGGGUGCUGCGGGUGCUGCCAGCCACAAAGGAGCUCCUGCAGGACGUGGGACCGGAGGAGGUGGUGGCCAUCGCGGGGCAGGCGGCGCGGGACUUCACCCAGCUCUACGUGGAGUGCCCGCCCAUUGUGCCCCGGUGCAUGUGGGGUGCCCGUCCCUACCGGGGCACCCCCAGAGCCUUGACCUUGCCCUUGGAGUCGGUCUUCAUCCACCACACGUUCAUCCCCAGUGCCCCGUGCCACAGCUUCCAGUCCUGCUCCCGCGCCAUGCGCUCCAUGCAGCGCUUCCACCAGGACACGCGUGGCUGGGACGACAUCGGAUACAGCUUCGUGGUGGGCUCCGACGGGUACCUGUACCAAGGCCGAGGAUGGCAUUGGGUCGGUGCUCACACCAAAGGCUACAACAGCAAAGGAUACGGCGUGGGUUACGUUGGAGACUUCACAAGCACCUUACCUGACCCGGACACCAUCGCCCUGGUGAGGGACCAGCUCUUGCCCUGCGCUGUGAGGACAGGGAGGCUCCACCAUAACUACACCCUCCGGGGGCACCGGCAGAUGGGUCGCACCGACUGUCCCGGUAACUCCUUGUUCCGAGAGAUUGAGACCUGGAGCGGCUUCAAGUGAGGAUCAGCACCGUGGGUCCUGGCCUGGUGGGUGCGGGUAAGGUUGGAGCAUGGUCUACAGGGGUGUUGGCCCAAUGGGUGAUGGUCUGGAUGGAGCCUGGUCCAACACAUGCUUGAUGGCGGCCAGAUUGGAUGGAU